AUGUACUGGGCGUAUAUGCUGCAGCAGCAGCUGAUGCAGCAGCAGCUGAUGCAGCAGCAGCUGCUGCAGCAGCAGCAGCAAGAAGAGCAGCAGCAACACGAUGAGGAUUCACCCUCUUCAGCAGCAACAUCUGCGAGCAGCAGCAGCAGAAGCAGCAGCAAACGCAGCAACAGCAACAGCAGCAACAGCAGCAGCAGCAGCAGCAGCAGCAACUGCAGCAGCAAGUGGAAAACACAGAUGCAACGUUUGCUGCCGGUGAGGCAGCAGCAGCUGCAGCGGGCUAGAGGAGGCAGACGGACCCAGAGGAGGCUCACAGAAACCCUCAACGAGUAA